AUGAAUAGAUCAGGGCCAAACUCCGCCCCAGUUCAGCCACGGUUGGAGCGCUUUAACACGGCGCCAGAAGAUCCUAUAGAAGAAGGCCUUGUCCAGCCAGUCGCUGUCUCGCCCCAGUCCACUCGCAUCAACAUGAACCGCUCGUCUGCUUCUACCUACUCGACCGUCUCGAAACAAUCAAUACCGCCGCCGGGCUCUGUCCUUACUGGCAAACAGGAACACUACCUCAAGCGCGAACUCAUCUCAGAACAGACAGAAUGGGAGAUCUCAGAGCUGGCCUCCGAAACUGCCCUACAACGCUUUGGCGCUCCCUUCAAGUCAGACGCUGGUGAAGUCGCACCAGAGGAUUCCGAGCUGCCUCUGCUGCGCUACAUGUUUGUGAACCAUGUCCGCAACUUUCCCUUUCUUGAUAGAGCCAGAGAGAAGGAGUUCUGGCAAGACAAGCUACAGACGUUCCUCGAGUCUUUUGCGACGAAGCGUAUAUCCUCAUCCGAAGAUCGCCUAGAAGAGACAAAACGCCGCAAGCUUGCCGUGAAGGCCCAGAAGCUGGUAGAACUUAUGAUGGUUUCCGGACUGCCGACUGCAUCUGGUUACGAAGAGCGCAUCCGAUUCUCAGAGAUGGAAGUCGUCGACCGAGGAGCCAACGAGCAAGGUCUGGCGCUGAAUGUACCCGAAGGACAUCAGAUAAAUGGUUGGGAUGUUAACGUCGCCUCGGUACGAACAACUAGUGUCAAGAGACAUGUACGCCAUCACGCACAUGCAGAGUUCCUGCUCCGCGUCAAGCGACAGGGCAAGCCUGAAAUCUACGUUGGAAGGAGAUACAGCGAGUUUGCUCAAAUGCACAAGAGAUUGCGCCUCGAACUUCCAGGAAAGGUGCUGCCACCACUACCUCGCAAGAACCACUCCAAUUCGCUAUACACAAAGGACGACGACGAUGCCGAUUCAAUCUCAUCUGUUUCGACUCAAGACGUGAAAGAAGCCGCCGCCCACGAUGAGCCUGCACCAGCCAGCAGUGGCUUCCGCAGCUAUCUCCCAAAUCCCUUUGGCGGUGGUCAUCGUAGGACUGCUUCGCGCUCGUCGCAAACCGCAUCUCCUCGCGCUUCCAUGGACGCAUCUUCAACAACGAAAUUUGGCCGCAAGUCCGGCGACUUCAAUCGAGACCGUUCACCGCCAAAGGUUCUAUACAGGGAAGAACAACGUGUCUCACUACGAGCUUUCCUGCGCAACUUUUUGCAGAACGAGAGCAUCGCCAACAGUAACGCUAUGAACGACUUCUUAACUGGCAAUGUUAUCAGACUGAACGAGGAAGAGAUGGAGGAUGUCAAGAGACGCAUCGAGAUGGACGAAAAGCGUAUCGAGGAACAACGGCGCUUCUACGAGAUUGCUCGUCAAAGAGCUAGGGAGCUUGAUGUCCACAUGGAGAAGUUCAGAAGAGAAGUCGUCGAGAGCAAUGGAUUGACAAAGUUGUUUGCCGAGAUCAAGCAAAAGAACACGAUUGCAGAAUUGUCUCCCGAAUAUCAGAAGUUUGCUGAAUGGCUUCGUAUUGAGUACGCAUUCCCAGAUGCCCAAUCUAGUGGAUACAACGCUAACUCAAUGACAGAGNUGGCAGCCGUGAUCUAUCAUUUGUUCCUGGCAGAAGACAACAGCCCAGAACUGUUCGCACAAGCAAAACGCAUCCACUCCUUGAUUCCCUACACCGCUCUCAAACAAGUCAUUCGAUUCGCAAACCCAGCUGCCGUUAUGGCUGGUGUGCUCGACCUGUUCCUCGCUCAACCUUUCGGCGCAAAGUCUCUUCUGCAACGUAUCUUCUCUCUGGCUCUCGGAGACAGCAUCAGAUCUGUUCAGAAGAGCAUCGAUGGUCUUGCUGCUAAGAUCAACGAGCCCGUGUUCUGCGAGAAGAUCAAAAACUACAAUCAGUGUGAUCAAGACCUUAAGGACGCAAUUCGAAGAGAAGCCGCACAAGACGACAUCGACCUUCUCGUGGCCAUCUUGCGCAGCGAAGAUAUCAAGCCGGAGCUUAAACCCGAAGAAAUUGGUCAGGCUUUCAAUGCUUACGUGGCAUGGAACAGUGCAGUCGAGAACGUGAGUGAACUAAGAACAGGUGCCGAGACUUUUGCUCACCUGAAGCAACUACUGAAGCUCUACACACGCCAACGAGAUAAGACUAUGAUGUUGCGAAUGAUUGAGGAGCCCACAACUUUGCAACUCUUCCGCGACCUGUUUACCAUCUUCUACGAGCCCCUCGUCAGGGUCUACAAGUCGGCCAACGUCUACAACAGUAUUAGCGACUUUGCACGCUUCAUGGAUGAUGUGAUUGUCGUGGUGGAGAAGUGUCAGCGACAGGACGUAUCCGCCGAUCCUAACCAGACGGUCCAAGCCUUCAUCGAUCUAUGCGCAAGACACGAAGACUCGUUCUACAAGUUUGUACACGAAGUACAUCUUCACGACAACGGUUUGUUCGAUCAACUCAUGGGUUGGAUAGAAGGCAUUCUCUCGUUCCUCCGUAAUGGUCCUCGGGGUGGCGGCAAACUGGACAUGAACGCCCUUNUCCAGGGUGCCGUUGAGAUGCGACAGAUUGACAAGGACGCCGCCGUACGGGAGAUAAACUCUCUUAUCAAGUGGCAAGAAAAACGCAAGAAGUGGCACCAAGACAAAACACGUCAAAAGAUGGCCACAGGCGAUGCACCCAGUGCCGACGGCGGCGCUUCAGACCUUAUCAAAUCGUUCAAGCCCGAUGACUUUGGUCUCAACGCUCUGGACAUCCAAGAUCUUAACGAUGACGAAGAUGAAUACAGUUCUACGGAUGACGAUGAGGAAGACGCUGAUCCUAUUGCUGCCGAGAGGAAGCGCAGGGCCAGACGCCAGGACUUCCUUAGGAGGAGUGCUGGCGAACCUGUCAAGCCUGAUAUUGUCGAGGUCACAAAAAUGCGGGAUGGCUUCAUUGCCAUGCUGAGGAUGGUUCUGGCCGAGUAG